AUGGAGUUUUACCAGAAGCUCAGGACUUCUCUGGACUCAAUCGCAUCUAGCGGGUCUGAGCUCCUCCGUCAAUCAGAAAAUGGUUCGAAUGGCGCCAGUCCUUACGAGGACAAGUCGGAAGCCAUCCACCACCCGCGUAAGAGGCUGAUGGAAUCGGCAAUGAAGCUGCUUCAUUUGGUGACCAUGCCUGAAGAGUACCUCGAUCACCUGGCCAAUGGUUACCAAGAAUUGACUUGUGUCCGAUGGCUCGUGGAUCUCAGCGUUCUGCAACAUCUUCCUCAAGAGGGCUCCAUCGCAUACCCCGUGUUAGCAGCCAAAGCAGACGUUCCCGAGAAGCAUCUGAAAGGGGUCGCUCGUAUGGCGGUGCUCAACGGCUUCUUGGAAGAGCCCACGUCUGGCCACGUCGCACACAGCCGUCCAUCGGCCCUUCUGGUCCGUGACGAGAACUUCAUGAGCUGGGCCCGAUGGAUGAUGGACUAUUCCAUGCCAGUGGCCUACAAGUUUGCUGAAGCCACUCGCUGGUGGGGAGACACCGACGCCAAGAAUCAGACGGCAUUCAACGUGGCCGAGAACACCACGGAUCCGUUCUUCGACCAUAUUCGAAAGAACCCAGACCUCACGGCUGUAUUUUCCAGCUACAUGCGGAGCGUCACAGCCUCGCGGCCCUGGAGCUUGGCGCAUGCGGUAGAGUGUUUCGACUGGGCGUCGCUGCCAGAAGGGGCCAAGGUUGUUGAUGUAGGCGGUUCUCAUGGCCAGCUUGCCGUGGAGAUUGCUUCCAAGUUUCCUCACCUCAAGUUCAUCGUUCAGGAUCUGCCAGAGACGGUGGAAACUGCUCAAAGAGCCUUUGAGGCCGACACCGGCAUCGAGCCAGGAGUCAAAUCCCACAUUCACUUCAUGUCCUCCGACAUCUUCAAGCCUCAAACAGUUUUGGACGCGCACGUCUAUUUUCUCCGGAUGAUUAUUCACGACUGGCCUGACAGAGACGCCCGCGUUAUUCUGCAAAAUCUCCGAGCUGCCCUGGAAGCCAACCCCAGGGCUCGCAUCGUCAUAAUGGACACCGUUCUACCGCCUCCGGGCUCCACAGCUCUUCAGCACGAACAGCAAUUGAGAGUUCGAGAUCUUAUGAUGAUGCAGGUCUUCAACGCCAGAGAGCGCGAGUUGGAGAACUGGAAAGCACUGCUCAACGAUGUCGGGAUGGAGAUUGACCACCUGCGUCAACCUGACGACAGCGUCAUGGGACUUUUGACCGUGCAACUCCAGAGUUCAGCUCCGGGCAGCCCGAGCGAGUUUGUGCAAAUCAAGAAGCUGAUCAUGCCAGCCACAGAUGACAGGCCCGUUCUCAUCAUGGGCGCUGGUAUCAGUGGUCUAUGUCUCGCCCAAGCACUGAAAAGGCACAAAAUUCCCUUCCGGGUUUUUGAAAGAGAUGCCGCGGUGGAUUCCCGGCCUCAGGGAUACCGCUUGAAGCUUCGGGAAGACGCUGCUGUUGCCCUGGCCGAGAGUUUGCCUGGAGAGGUCUAUCAGACUUUUCAAACGUCUUGCGCCAACCUUGCCGUCGGGGAAACUGACUUCAACCCAUUCACCGGUCUCGUUGUCAAUAGUCGGUCCGGCGGUGGGUUGAGUGGGAAGCUUGGACUUCAUCCCAGCUACUGCGUCGACAGAGCUGCCUUCCGUACCACUCUGAUGUCGGGAAUCGAAGACUGCAUGCAGUUUAGCAAAGAGUUGACGUCAUACAAGACUGAUGAAGAUCGAGGCGUCGUAAGUGCCAUGUUCAAAGAUGGCGGAUCGGCGGAAGGCCGGUUCCUUGUGGGCGCGGAUGGCUUGCAUUCGGUUGUCCGUCGUAAUCUUGUGCCCACCCACAAGAUCAAGGAUACCGGAGCUGCCUGUAUCUACGGCAAAACCCCCAUGUCCCCGGAUGUCCUUGCAAAAUUCCCGGAAAAGGGCAUGAGAUGGAUGACCAUCGUAUCUGACCAGACGCCAAUGCUACAAUCCUGCAUCAUUGGAGACGCGCCGGUAACAUUGCUUCUGGAACCGAUUCGGUUCAGCGAAGUCAGUCGUUCCCAGCACCAGCUGCCCGCAGACUACAUCUACUGGGCUCUGAUCGGACCCGAGGCACGCUUCCGUCCGGAUGGAGAGGCGUCUACGUCUAAGGUUAGCAGCUCAGCGUCCGCUCAAGCUGCCACGGAAGCAGCCCGUCUAAGUCUUUCCAUCACGCAGGAAUGGCAUCCCUCCAUCCGUUCUGUGCUGGAGCAACAGGACACAAGCCAGGCGACCCUGAUUCGUGUAGUGUCUUCUGUGCCCGAUGUACCUUCAUGGCCACCGUCUGCGAUGGCGACGUUACUCGGAGAUGCCAUACACCCCAUGAGCCCAUGUGGUGGAGUUGGAGCUCAGACUGCGAUCUGCGACGCAUGCAGUCUUGCAAAGACAAUUGCCGCAGCUCAAGGAUCCCCUACAGCUGAAGAAAUCGGGAUUUUUGAGGAGGCCAUGAGGGCACGUGCUCGCCGAAGCAUUCUGCAGAGUGAGAUGGGUUCAAAGAAAAUGUUUGGGCUGCGCUCAUUGGAAGACUGCGGGGCAUGGACUGGAUUCUAG